AUGCCAGUUGGUAAACCCAAGAGUGGGCUAAAGAGUGGGCUAAAGAGCGGGCUAAAGAGUGGGUCAAAGAGUAAAGCCAUGUUGAAAAAUAAAGUACAAAAAGUCAACCCCAAGGGUAAGCAGUACAAGACAAGUUCAAAUAAACAUAUUCUGAAAUCAAAAUCAAAAGCAAUAAAGAGUCAAUUAAGGCGACUAAAUGGAGACAGUUCGGAGUUUGAUGAGAUUACGGGUCUCCUUACUCAGGAGCAGAAUAUAACGGAGGAUGUAAAAGGCAAGCUAAAAGUGCUUGCAUCGAUUAAAAAGGAUUAUGAGAAGGACCAGGAACAUAGGAAACAGACAAAGUUGGUCAAUGAGGAUUUGAAGAAGCAGAUUGAACUUUUAGAUGGCAUUGGUCUUUGA